ACAUUAUAGUUGCUAGUUAAUAGUUAUUACAGUUGCCGACUGCCGUCUUGCUCUGUUGACGUCUGAGUCUAUCGCUCUGUACUCCACUACAGUCUACAAUAUUACUUUAUAAUAUUGUUGUUCGAUUUUUGCUUUCAACGCUUAUACCGUAUACGUCGUGUUACGUAAACUGUCGAUCGGUUUCACAUUUACGUUGAAAUAUUAAUCGAAUUUCAACGCCGACGUGUAAUUUUAAAACAAAUAAAAUUCGAAGAAUUACGUUGAACUCUCAUCCGUUUACUUAAUAUAGCUGAAGUUAACCGAAUUUCUCGUAACUAGAGAGACUAUAGUUUUAUCUACUCCUGUUAUUUAAAUUGAAAAUCUUCCGACAUCAAACGACAAAAAAUGGCUAAAAAUAUGAAUGUAGCAUCUAAAAAAGCGAUGAAGACUAAAAAAUUAGAUUCAAGUUCUGAAGACUUUUGUGCUGGUGUAGACAUUAAAGAUUAUUCUAAGUGUUCGGGUUGUACAAAUUGGGAUGAAAAUUUGACAGGUUGUUCGAUUUGUAAAAGGACCUAUCACGAUAAUUGCCAUGUUCCUUAUCUUUCUUUUAUAAUGACGAACUCUUCAAAAACUUGGAAAUGUACAAUGUGUAUUGACAUAGAACAUGUAUCGAAAGUCAUGAAAAAGGGAACAAGUGAUCCCGAUAAAAAAACUCUCAAUGAAUAUGAACUAAAAAUGGCAGCACGCAUAUUAUUAGAGUUGCUUUGCGAUGGGAUAAAUAGUUAUCCAUUUAUGGAAUGUCCAUCUCCUAUUAUACACCCUGAUUACUAUCAAGUGAUUUGUCUACCAGUGUCAUUAAAUUCUGUAAAAAGAAAAUUGUUAUCUAAAAUACAUUACUAUACAUCAUUUGCUGAUGUAAUAAAAGAUAUUAAAAGAAUUUAUUCAAACUAUGUACUCUAUUACACGGAAAAUGAUCCACUUUAUUUCAAGGUUCAGGAGCAAGAAAAAAAGUUAAACGAAAUGCUUUCUAAAUGGGUGCCACAAUAUAAAUAGAUCCAGUUAACUCAUUUGAAUAAGUAUGAAAAUAAAUGCAUAGAUUGGUGGUUUGGUUCUUUUUAUUUUAUCUGGGUACUUUUAAAUUUUUUUU